AUGGGUCUCGUGUGUUUCAUACGAAGGUGUGGGAAAUAUGAAACUGGGCCGAUGAGGAGAAAGCUUUAUGUGCCAACAUCUGUAAAAACAAACACAAUUAACAACCAACUCUUGAAGGCAGUAGAGGUCAUUGAUUCUAAUGAAUAUAUUAUGUCAGUUCCAAUCAAUACAAAACAAGGUUUGUUUUCAAAA